AGCUCCACGUCACUUAAUGAUUUACAGGCGAAUGCGGAACUUGGACUUGGACUUGGCAUGGGAAGCUAGUUAGCGGUUUAAGAAAUUGCAUUUUGUCAUUUGCGAGAUUUUUUGGUUGAAAGAAGCAGGAACACAAGGAACAUCAAACAUGAGCGUAUGGACAGACUGGCUGGACUACAUCCCAGUUGUGGGGACAGUCAAGAACACGGUUGAGGCUGUAUCAGCCGUCUGCCAUGGCGACUAUGCCCUUGCAAAGGAGAAGGGAGCGGACGCAGCUCUGGGUCUUGUGCUGGAUGUUCUCACAGCUGGAACACAACAUGCCGCGGGUACUGCGUACCUUACAGUUGUUGAAAAUAUUGUGUUCAGGGGCACUACAGCAAAAGAAGCCAUGAAUGCCAUUAAAGGAGCUGGCGCAAAAUCGGGGAAAGGAGCUGGCGCAAAAUCGGGGAAAGGAGCUGGCGCAAAAGCGGCUGAUGCUACUCAAGUUCCGAUCCAAGAAAUGACCAAGAAAUCCAGCAGACCCAAAGACCCAAAGACCAGCAAGGGUGAGAAGAAAGGGCCAUCUGAACGUGGAGAACACGUCAUCAAUAACAACGUCCUAAAGGUUUUUAAGACAAUCAUAGACCGAUUUGCUGCUCGGAUUGAAAGCACGGCAGAUCAACUGCUUGAAAAUAAAAAUGACACAGCAGCUUAUCGAGCAUAUCACACGCCCCUUCCUGAAGCCACAAUCCAGUCAAUCAGGUACGAGAUGGUUGCACACAUUCCGGAAGAGGAGCCAUAUAUUGAUGCCAACGCAACUGUCUAUGGAACUGCCAUCGGUGAGAUUUGUGACAUGGUGGUCACUUAUAUGUACGACUAUUCUAGCAACAACUCCUACAGUGGUCCUGCCGUCGAUAAGAGCAUCACCGAACUGAUUCGUUUAAUGAACAACAGUCAGUUGUAUGUGGACGAGUACGCCAAACAGUACUGGCUUCGGCAUGGCGGGGACGAGGCCAAGUUUCAGGACAGCAGACAACAAGUAGUGAAGAUGUUCAGGCGUCUGUGUGCACCUACAAGCGGGGAAAACGAGGCAAAGCAGUGGGUGCGUGAUCUGACUGGCCAUUGGUAGAUGUGUGACAUUGGAUGCGAAUACAAGAUACUGCAACACUGGACGCCAUAUGAACACACUGCAACACACGUAACUACACUGACAUUGGAUGCCAGCACAAGAUACUGCAACACACGUAACUACACUGACAUUGGAUGUCAGCA